AUGACUACCAGAAUCGACUUAAGUAUCCUUCCACCGCCUCGUCGAAGCAACACCGGGGCCUCCACAUCCGAUGCAAGCGUCAGCUCCACGCAAACCAGCUCUCCCAGACCUCCGCCGCAGAGGCCACCUCAAUCAUAUCCUGCUGCUGCUGCCACUGCCGCCUCUGCAGCGCUACAAUACGCAUCCGAACGCCUCCCCUGGGCUCCUUCGCCAUCAAAUCUCCUCCAAACCACGCCCUCCAACUCGAGCCUUCGCAACGGCAGCGACCAAGACUCUGACUCGCAGUCCGGUCUCGCCUACCCUAGCUCCGCAGUCGGUCCGUUGCCCAACCGCCGCGAGGAAAUGUGGCGUCGACGCUGGGAACGAGCCCAUGAUAUCCUGGCCGACCACGGCGUCGUCCUUGGGAGCUGGCGUGGGGGCAAUGAUGUGCAAGAUGUUUGUACCUGGUUGGUGGAAGAGGCGUUUAAGGAGGCGAUGAGUAACGCCGGAGGGUCUAGGACGUAG